UCGGUGGUCUGGUGGUCAGCUGAGAUGUAAAGGUAAACAUGUUAAUGUUAUUGGCUGGAAAGCACCUCACAGAAGACUGCUGGAUUGGAUACACUCAGUUUUAAUGGCCCUAUUCCUCGAUGUCACGAGGAUAUACGGUGAGCAUUUCUGCAUCGAUUUACGGAGCAAAGGGUGAGGAACAUUGCUUUAAAGGCUGUCCGCGGUGCUUAAAUACAAUGCGCACUCGCGUGAGAUGCUUCGAUGCUAUGCUAAUGAUGGAACUGCCUGACAUCCAAGUGGAUGGAAAUGACACCGCACUAUUUCCAAAGCAUCCGCCGGAACGAAAGGGCAGUCAGAUGAGCUAGUGGCUUGUUAGUAAAUGCUUAAAACUCCACCAGAGUCAUGCGCAUAGCGGUGUAGUUUCAUCACUUUGCAGAGAUGUCAUUCACAAUGGAGGAUAAUUUUGAGUCGGGCUGGGUCGCCGUUCGCCCACAUGCGUUUGACGAGAAGGAGAAACACAAAUUCGUCUUUAUCGUUGCCUGGAACGAAGUGGAAGGCAAAUUUGCCAUUACGUGUCACAACAGGACGGUGCAACGGAGAAGCUUUGGCGGCGGCAGCCGAGACCCACCGUCGGAGGAUGGAGACAAAACAAGAUGGGCCGGAAGUCCCGUCGGGGACAAAUUGUCCAGGAGCCCGGGCUCGGGAACAAGGGAGGCUGCGACUAAAGGCCUUAAAAGCCAGCUCCCGGGUUCCAAAUUAAGCCCUGUUAAGAUUAAAACUGUGGUCAACUAUGUGUCAUCUCACGUCACUUGUGAUCAAGAGACACAGCGAGAGGAGCUGCUGCACUCUGUGGACACCUUGGACCUGGAGGACAGUCUGAGCCGGGAGGACUGCAGCUGGGCGGGCCUCUUUUCCUUUCAGGACCUGCGGACGGUCCAUCAGCAGCUGUGUUCGGUCAACUCAGAUCUGGAGCCUUGUCUUCCCAUCUUUCCAGAGGAACCCAGUGGGAUGUGGACGGUGCUGUUUGGACCGGCUGAAGUCUCCGAAGCUGAGAUGGAUGGACUUUGUUCCAAGUUGCAACUGUACUUUGGCCACGCGCUUGAUAUAUGCGGGUGGAAGAUCCUCUCUCAGGUUCUGUUCACUGAAAAUGAUGAUCCAGACGAGUACUAUGAGAGUCUGAGCGAGUUAAGGCAGUGUGGGUACGAGGAGGCGCUUCGCCGUGAAAGUAAACACCUGCAAGAGCUUCUUGACAAACACAGGAGCAUGGACAGUAUGGUUGACUUGUUGGAGCUUUAUGAGGAGGAGGACCAGGCCUAUGGAUGCUUGUUGGAGGCCUCCACGCAACUGUACCAGUACCUGUUGCAGCCGUUUCGAGACAUGAGGGAGCUGGCCAUGCUGCGGAGACAACAGAUCAAGAUCUCCAUGGAGAAUGACUACCUGGGCCCAAGGCGCAUUUUUGCUCUCCAGCAGGAGGAUUCUGAUUGGCAGAGGAAAGCUCAAGAAGCUGUCCUUAUUAUUCAAGAAUUCACCGUAAAAUACUUUGAGACAACAGCUAGAGCUCAGAAAGGUGUUUAUGAACGUAUGAAACUGGACCAGCGCAAGUUUGGUAAGGCCUCAUGGACAGCAGCGGUGGAGCGCAUGGAGAGAAUCCGCUACUCGGUCGCCAAGGAAACACUGCAACUGCAAAGAGCCCGGGAGAUCAGCCUGGAGCAGCGGAAACACACCCUUCGAGAGGAGAUGCAGAGCCUGUGUAGCAGCGAGGAUGCAAUGACCCUCCUGGACCACAUGGAGUCACAGUACUAUGAGCUGCAGCUCCAGUUGUAUGACAUCCAGGCUGAAAUCCUUCAGUGUGAAGAGCUACUUCUCACUGCUCAGCUCGACAGCAUUCGAAGGCAAAUGACAGAGCAUCAGAACGAGGUGGUGUACUAUGACACAUUUGAAAGUGCCGAUGAUAUAACAGAGGAGGACACUGCUGAGAAAGAAGAACUGCGCAGGCUUCAGGUCAGCACACGGCAAUUGGAAGCGCGAAGGGGACGCAUCACCGCCAAACGCUCCUACCUCAAGAACAAGAGGGAGAUCUGUGUAUCGAACCACAUUAAGAAACAACAAAUGCGUCAAAGCACACAAAACGACUACGUAUCUCAGCAGGCCUUACAGUCGAAUUACGAUGAGGAGGAAGAUGAGAGAAAAAAUAGCCGAGUGCGUCAAGAGAGACAGAGGACUCUAGAUAGACUUCGCACCUUCAAACAGCGCUACCCAGGUCAGGUGGUUCUAAAGUCCGCACGAAUGCGUACGGCUCACAGCAGAAGGAGAGAGCGUGGCAGAAAUAUGCAAACGGAUGCUGAAGGCGAUAACGAGGAGCGUUCCGACCCGGGCCGGCGGCCGCUGUGCCUCAGCACCAGCGUGCAGACGGACCCCAGCUCCACGCUCACCUCCCAGCCCGUCACAAGCCUGGCGGCGCAGUCGCUACCUCCGUUGCCUGUGCCCAGUCCCGCGGACUCCUUCUGCUCUCCUUGUUCCCUGUCCUCGCUGUUGGCAUCCCCGGCCUCGCCGCCGCCUCCGCCCCCUCCUCUGCCACUCCUGCCAAUACGAGAACAGGUGUCCCCUUCAGAGAGCCCGGGCAGACGGCCACAGAGGCCAGAGGAGCAAAGUGCGUCAGAGGAGCGCCCUCAUUCGCCGCUCGGCCCUUUCCAUCCUCGCUUCUUUGACAGCAGCCAGCUGGUGAGCGCCCGCAAAAAGCUGAAAAAGACUCCAGGCUUUGAAGCCCACGGACGACGAGGAAGCUCCCCCAUGGAUGAAGUACUGGCCUCCCUGAAGAGAGGCAGUUUCCACCUGAGGAAAGUCGACCAGCGGUCCAUCCCACCCGCUGCCCAGAGUGAUGACGACACCAACAGCAUCUUAGCUCAGAUCCGCAAGGGUGUCAAACUGAGGCAAGUCCCUCCGCAGGAAAGGAAAGGCCAAAAGGAGAUCUCUGCCUCAAGAGACCCUCUGACCAAGAGCAUCUAUGAGGCGCUUCGACGGAUAAAAGAAGCCUCGCCGGAGUCGGACUCAGAGGACGAUGGGCUGGGUGGGCCGGACUGGGAAACUUAAGGUUGAGACUCAGCUGUGAACGAUAAACUAGAAAGCCACUAAAUGGAGUCUAGUUUUGUCCCUCAAGGUACGUUCCACUCUACUGUGCCCUAAUGGGAUAAUUAUUUGACCUUUUACCAGGUCCAAAAAGGUACAGGCAUGUUCCCUACAGCACUCCAUUUGAGGGUAUCCCCUCGUGACAUUGUACCUUUUAAGGUACAAGCCUUUACUUGUCCAACACUACACUACGCACAACACAAGAAAGGGGGAUGGGUUGUCGUAAGUAUCACCAAAUGUAGGUCAGUCACAUUGUUCAUUUAUAUUCUAAUUUUCCACGUAUAUUAUAAUUAUCCUCACAUUGUAAUGAUGCCAUAUUUAUCUGUAGUUAUCCAAUAGUGGUGUCACACGGUUCCAUCCUUUUGUAGGUACUGUACCGACCCUUAAAUAUGAAAUGAAAAAACCUCAAGCAGAAAUAUGUCUUGACAUUGUAACAAAAAUCCUUCAUGAGCACGGUUUGUAAAUUGGGGUCAUAUGGAUUAGAGGAAUAUAAAUCCCACUGAGAUUUAACAUCACCAACCAUGACCGUAAAUCAUUAGCACUGUCAACAUCUUUAAUAUUUUGCGCGUUACGCACGAGAGGCGGGUGUUGUACGUGGGUGUCACAUGCAAGGCAUGCUGUGCAGACAAUAUAGUAAAGGCAAACUGCUUGUCGAAUGUGACAUUGCACACAAGCAGUAAAUCCUCACUCAAGAUUCGUUCCCUUCCCCCUCAUGUCCUCUACUGGCUUCAUCACCCCCAUGUUCCUCAUCCAGCGAGGGUGACCAUCUGCUUAACUGCAGCAUGCGAGAGGAUAGAACUGUGGGAGAUGUGGAGAGUCAAUGGACCUAUCGCAAAACCACGCCGCUAAAUCACAAAAGUCGGACACAUAGCCGUAGAGUUGGAUAGGAAUAGAGUGUGGUUGUGAAUUUAAAGACGUGAAGUAAGGUUGGCCAACCAUGUUUUUGAAUCAUAUCAACGGCUAAACAAUUAUAAGCAUAUUUUCGUUAUUUUUUUUAACGCAACACUUCCAGAUUCUUUGUUUAACCCAGUGCUUCUCAAUUAUUUUCUGUUACGCCCCCCCAAAGA